AUGUGUGGACAGAAGUUUUGUUCCUUCCUACGCGGACUUUCCCGCAGGAAGCCUCUGGAGCCAGAAGGUGAAGUGUCCACCUUCCGCCGCUGUCUGACCACAGUGGACCUGGUGGCUCUGGGUGUGGGCAGUACGCUCGGCGCUGGUGUUUACGUGCUGUCCGGCGAGGUGGCCCGGACACUCUCCGGCCCCAGCAUCAUCAUCUCCUUCCUCAUCGCUGCCCUGGCCUCCAUCUUCGCCGGCCUGUGCUACGCUGAGUUCGGCUCCAGGGUCCCCAAGACGGGCUCGGCGUAUCUCUACAGCUACGUCACCGUGGGGGAGGUGUGGGCUUUCAUCACAGGGUGGAACCUGCUACUCUCUUAUGUUAUAGGCACCUCCAGUGUGGCCCGAGCGUGGAGCGGCACUUUUGACGACCUCAUUGGAAAUGUGAUGGCCAAUUACUUCAGCAAACACGCGGCCAUGGGUCUGCCCGGCCUGGCCCCUUACCCAGACUUCUUUGCAGCUGGUCUCAUCAUGAUUCUUGCUGGCCUCCUUGCCUUCGGUGUGAAAGAGUCGACCACAGUCAACAAGAUUUUUACCAGCGUCAACAUACUGGUGUUGAUCUUCGUCAUCAUCACUGGCUUCAUCAAGGGGAAUCUGGAGAACUGGAGGAUCACAGAGGAGACGUUACAGAACGUAACAGCAGAGCUUGAAAACCUGACGUCCACACUGAAUGUGACCUCUGAGUUUGGGGUUGGUGGGUUCUUCCCCUAUGGGUUUGAGGGCACGCUGGCCGGAGCAGCAACGUGUUUCUAUGCGUUUGUGGGGUUUGACUGCAUUGCAACUACAGGGGAGGAGGUGAAGAACCCUCAGAAGUCCAUCCCGCUGGGAAUCGUCAUUGCUCUUCUCAUCUGUUUCUUGGCUUAUUUUGGCGUGUCGGCCGCUCUCACGCUGAUGAUGCCGUACUACCUACUCAACAUCCACAGUCCACUGCCUGUCGCAUUCGCCUACGUGGGCUGGGCUGCAGCCAAGUAUGUGGUGGCUGUGGGAUCCCUGUGCGCACUCUCCACCAGCCUCCUGGGCUCCAUGUUCCCAAUGCCUCGAGUGCUGUUUGCCAUGGCCAGAGAUGGCCUUCUCUUCAAAGCACUUUGUAAGGUCAGCUCCAGGAAGAGUCCAGUGGUGGCCACUCUCUCGUCUGGUACUGUAGCAGCAAUAAUGGCACUCUUAUUCGACCUGAAGGCGCUGGUCGACAUGAUGUCGAUUGGAACCCUCUUCGCCUACACUCUGGUGGCCAUUUGCAUUCUCAUACUCAGGUAUCAGGAGAGUGAGUCAGCGGAAAAUGAUGUGCACUUGAUGCAAAGCUCCUUGUUCAGCUUUUUAAAACCUCCCUCUUACCCGACCAAGGAAACUUCAAACACCGUCAGCACAUGCACUGCAUUCAUCACCAUCUUGGUGUUGGUCCUGACAGUGCUGUUGACUAAAGCCAUCAGGAAUCUGCUGCUGCUGGAGGUUUGGAGCCUGGUGUGUGUGUCUGUAAUCCUCCUCCUAAUGGUGCUCAGCGUUCUGCUCAUCUGGAGGCAGCCGCAGAACCCCACCAAAGCCUCCUUCAUGGUGCCCUUCCUGCCUUUACUCCCUGUGGUGAGUGUGUUCAUCAACAUCUAUCUGAUGGUUCAGCUGGGAGGAGACACGUGGACCCGCUAUGCAGUGUGGAUGGCUGUGGGACUGCUUAUCUACUUUGGCUAUGGUGUGCGGAACAGCGUGCAGAAACAGCGGCUGCUGGGCAACCUGGUCAACAUUGAAACGACAGAGACGAAGCCUGAGAAAGAAGUGACCAAAGGAGAAGACAGCGCCAGUCCGGACAGUUAA